AUGAGCAAUCAGGAAUUAAUUUAUUUAACCCCUGCAUUUCUUCAGAGUCCUUCAGAGUCACAAAAUGCAUUAAGGCCUCAUUGUACUCAAAGCCCUGGGAAAACUGAUGGCAAAGAGUUUUCAGUACCCUGGCGUCCCAUGGCAGUGGCUUUUGGGAUCCUCUGUUUACUUCUAAUCAUGACAAUCAUAGUUUUGGGAACAAUACUUUUUCAGUAUAAUCAAGAAAAACAUCAACAAGAUGAAAUUCUACAAAACCUCCAACAAAAGUACCACAUUUUGCAAAAUGACAACUACUUAACAAAGCAACUUUUGGCAAAUAAGACUCUAGAGUCUGACAUUCUCAAAAAUGAAACAGCUCAGUCGGAGAAGAAACCGGUCUCAUGUUAUAGAAAAGAGAAAAUCUCUUCAAAAUCUUUGCAAAAUACAGGCCAACUCGAAGAAGAACUCUGGUCCUGUUGUGGAGUGAACUGUUAUAUUUUUACCACUGAAAAUAAAACCUGGAAAGAAUGUAAACAGACUUGCCAAAGUAAAGGAUUAUCUCUUUUGAAGAUAGACGAUGAAAAUGAAAUGUCCUUCCUUCGAUCUCAGACUUAUAAAAAUAGAUACUGGAUUGGAUUGUCAUUUAAUGAAGAGACAAGUAAAUGGGAAUGGAUUGACAAGGGCACAUCUGGAAUUAAUACUUCAAUAAUGAGUUGGACCUUCGGGAGAGGAGAAUGUGCAUUUUUAGCCUCAACGAGAAUAACGACUAUUGAUUGUUCUAAAACCUACAAUUGUAUAUGUGAGAAGAACAUUGUCCCCCUCCUCAAUGAAUAUAUUUGGAGGAAAAGAUAAAAUGGAAUGUUGCCACUUUUAGUGUGUUUCCUGUAAUGAUCGUGAUUACUUAACAAAGUAAUGUUUUUGACUGCAGACCUUAGUGCACGGCAGAAGCAGAGAUGAGCUGAAAGAGAAGAAAAUGCUCUUUUGGGCAAUGAUUUGAGAGAUCAGAUGUCAUUGGUCUUUGUGGAUAAGCAGGGAAGAUUUUGCUUCUGGAGAGUAGUUACCCUUCUCUUUAAUGGACCUGUGGAAUUCUCUGUUUCUCUUUCCUGGAACUAUGCACAGAAACAAUUAGAAAACUCAUAAGUACCUGGGUCUUUUCCUUAUUUGUAAGAUAAAUCAUUGCAAUAACCUUUGAUUUUGAGAGAUACCACAAUUAAGAACUAAAAAAAAUAGUUAUCUCCCCCCCCCAUCUAGAUGCUUACCUCUCAUCUUUGAAAAUAUAUUUUGCUCUAAUUUCAAACUUACUGAUUAGUUAAAACAAUAGUAUAAGAAAUUCUCAUCUAACCGUUACCCAUAGUUACCAUUUGUGUAUGUUUUACUAUCUGCACUUUAUUGCAUGUUCUCUCUCUCUCUGUCUCUUUCUCUCUCUUUCUUUUUCUCUCUCCCUCUCUCCCCUUGCUGAUCCACUUGAUAAUAAAUUAGUAACAUUAUGUCUCUUUGUCUAAAUAUUUUACAAAAACAGGAACUUGGUCUUGUAUAACCAUAGCACAAUUAUCAAAAUCAGGAGAAUUAACAUUGAUAGACUACUGUGCUUUUGUCUACAGUCCAUAUUUAAAUUUUGUCAACUGUUUCAAUGUUAUUUAUAGGUGUGUUUCCCUCAUAUUCAGAAUCAUGCAAUGUAUUUAGUUCUGAUGUCUCCUUAGUCUUCUUUAAUCUGGAACAGUUCUGAAUGCUUCCAUGGACUUUCUUGACCUUCAAAUUAAAAAAAAAAUAACCUUAUUGAGUUAUAGUUUGCAUGCAAUAAAGUGUAUUCAUUUAAGUCACAAGAUCAGUGGUUUUUUGAGAAAUGUAUACACCUGUUAAAUACCAUCAAAUUAAUAUAUAUAACAUUUUCACCAUCUCCAAAAGUUCCUUUUUGUCCCCUUCUACCCACCUGGACCCAGAGAAGCAGUGAUAUGCUUUCUGUCACUAUAAAUUAGUUUGCCUAUUCUAGAAUUUCAUACUUCAUAUACUCAUCUUUGUCUGAAUUUUCUCAGCAUCUUUUUGAAUUUAGUUUUUCUCAUAUCAAUAGGUUAUUCUUUUUGUUACUAUAUAGUAUUGCAUUAUACAGACAUGCCACAAUUUGUUCAUUCACCUAUGAGCAUUUGAUGUGUUUCUAAUUUUUUACUAUUAUUAAUAAACAUGACAUAAACAUUUAUGUGCAAAUUACUGUGUGGACAUGCGUUUUCAUUUCUUUUUAUUAAAUAUCCAAGAGUUGAUUGCUGAGUCCUAUGGCAAGUGCAUAUUUGAUUUUAUAAGAAUCAUCUAGAUUGUUUUCUAAUGUGGUUGCAUCAUUUUACCAUAGCAGCAUAUGAGGAGAGUUCAACUGUCUCCAUGUAAUCACCAAAGCUUGUUAUUGUUAGGCUUUUAAAUUUCAGCCAUAACAAUGGGUGUGUAGUGAUAUCUCAUUGUGGUUUUUUAUUUGUAUUUCCCUGAAGAAUAAUGACAUUAAGCAUUUUUUCAUUUGUCUAUUGCUAUUUAUAUAUCUUUGAACGUGAAGUAUCUAUUCAAUAUUUUGUCAUGUUUCUUUUUAAAAUUGGUUUCCUGUUUUCUUAUU